AUGUCGCUCUUCCCGUCGAUGAGCGCCUUGAGCGCAACCUUCGGACACGCCUCACACUACACCCUCAACAAGCAACAACCCCUCCCUCAGCGCAAAUCGAUCGAGCACUUCUACUCAGCCUGGGACGUCGCCGAGGAUGGAAAGCAAAAAGCACAACAAUUGAGCGAGGCCGCAGCCGCAGAGGUCGCGAAAGCGUCUCACGCCGCUCAGGAUAAGGUCGGCAAGAUUGAGCUUUACAGCCCCAAAUACUACGCGACAUGCACCUUUGGUGGUAUGAUGGCGUGUGGCCUCACUCAUUGGGGCGUCACACCCCUCGAUCUCGUCAAGUGCCGUCGCCAAGUCGACAGUAAGCUGUAUAAAGGCAACUUCGACGGCUGGCGCACCAUUAUCCGAGGUGAGGGCUACGCUGGACUGUACACCGGUGGCUCUCCAACAUUCUUCGGUUACUCCGUCCAAGGUGCCCUGAAAUACGGCUGCUACGAAUUUUUCAAAAAGUUCUAUUCCGACCUGGCUGGCGAGGAGAACGCAGUGCGCUACAAGACUUGGAUUUUCCUGGCCGGUUCUGCCUCUGCUGAGUUCUUUGCUGAUAUCGGUCUCUGUCCCCUCGAAGCUGUGAAGGUUCGUAUGCAGACGACUAUGCCGCCUUUCGCGACUGGGACGUUCAAUGGUAUUAGCAAGAUUGUCGCCGAGGAAGGGGUCGCUGGACUUUACAAAGGUAUUGCACCGCUCUGGGGUCGCCAGAUUCCAUACACCAUGAUGAAAUUCGCCUCCUUCGAGACCAUUGUUGAGAUCAUCUAUCACCGCCUUCCCGGUACUAAAGCCGACUACUCCAAGGCCGCCCAAACCGGUGUUGCUUUCACUGGUGGUUACCUAGCCGGUAUUCUCUGCGCUAUCAUCUCUCACCCGGCCGACGUCAUGGUCAGCAAGCUCAACACGAACCGUCAAAAGGGCGAGUCCUUUGGUGGUGCUACUUCGCGAAUCUACAAGGAUAUUGGUUUUGGUGGUCUCUGGAGUGGUCUGCCUGUUCGCAUCGUCAUGAUCGGUACCCUGACAGGUCUGCAAUGGAUGAUUUACGACUCGUUCAAGAUCUUCAUGGGUCUGCCUACAACCGGUGGCGGCGGCGAGAAGAAGGAGCAGAAGUGA